AUGAUAUCUCCGGAAUUCGAAAGCGGUGGCUGCAGAUGGUGUGUAGUGCUCCAUCCCAAUGUGGACAAUUGCAUCAGUAUGUCUUUGCUUGUUAGUGGUUGUGAAGAUUUGCCUCCUGGAUGGAAGAUAAACGCAAAGUUUUUGCUUUCUAUAAAAUGUGGAUACGAACGUAGCACUUUAGAUAGUGUGGCAAGGUAUUUUGAUUCGGAGGGUCCUUCGUGGGGUUUGUCAAACUGGUUUCACCGUAGCCAACUUGAUGGAUUCCUUGAUCCUCGCGGCGAUCUCAAGGUUGACGCUCGCGUAGAGGUUCUCCACAAAUCUGAUCCAAUGUUCACGUUUGUGAUAAAGGAGUCAAGUCUGUGCUAG